AUGGCUUCGCCUGUUGUUCAGAAGAAGGCGGAAGAAAGCGAAGUAGCACACAUUUUACCCUUCUCUUGGAACGAAAAUGAGGCCAAUCGAAGGUACACCAAGAAUAUUCUCCGUGCCGAUCCUCUCCUGACAUCCGCUUAUCAGCUGGCUAUGGCCCUGAACAAGGGCUUUGAGCAGCUUCUCGUCUGGGAAAGCGAGCAGAUCGACGAAAAUUCAAGCUUUUCUUCAACAUGGCCAACCUUGGAUUCUGCAUACAGUGGUCCAGGAAACCAUUUUGCUUUGUCCCGAGUAUCCACUGAGGCUGACCAGAGACCCUUUGAGGCUCCAGAGGACAACGGAUGGCUAUCAGAUGACGGGAGUUCAGACAACUCCUCUACCAGUUUCCAAGGUAAAGGUGAUGGAGAAGAACAGUCACGACACAGCCUAGCCACACUGCUCCCUAGACGUCAUGUUAAGGCUUAUGGGAAUGCAAAGGUCACCAAGCUUCUGAAGGACGUCAGCAUUCAAAAGAUCAUUGGGUACAAGAUCAGCGACACGCCUUUCUGCCCCGACCCAACAAUGUCAAUUCCAGGCACCCAGGUCAACGCCUUGAUCACACCUUUGCCAACGGCCUUUGGGCAAGAUUCCGCUCAAACCUCACUGAUGCUCAGUUAUCCUGUGGGAAGCGCAUGCUACGAUACCUGUUAG